UACGAUAGAUGUUUUUCUUCCGUUAUCGCUUGAAGAGACGGAGAAACGAAGAAUUCAUCAAAUAAUGUCCCUGAGCGUUUAACUAUGGCAAUGUGAUAGUUAAAGCAAACAAAUAGUAUAAAUUCUCAAAUACAGCAGUUGGAAAAUCUUUCAAAUUGUAUAUGCUAAUUUACAUUAAAAAGCAGCUCCAAUGCGCUUAAUGAAAUUUACACUCAUGAUCUGCGCGCUCGCUGGAUGCUGGCAGCCGCUUAUGUGGACAUCACUGUUUAAACAUAUAAUUUAUAAGGCUUACGCAAUAUUUAUGAUCAGCUCGUUACAUAUAUUUCUGUUUUCUCAAUUUGUACAUAUGAUGUUAAAUGUCGCAAAUUCUGAUGAAUUUACCGAUGCCUUAUACAUGAUGUUGACGAUACUCGUAGCAGGUUACAAACAGAUUUAUUUGUGGGUAGAUCGUAAGAAUGUUAUGGCAAUAAUAAAUGUUCUUAUUGAGAAACCUUUUGCACCAUAUGAAACACACGAAAUAGCGAUUCAGGAAAAAUUUGAAAAAAUGAUACAGAACAAUACGCGGAGGUAUUUAACCAUUGUUGUGAUGUCAAUUUCAUCGAUAAUAUUGAUGUCUGUUUCCACAGACUUUAUGAAAAGAAAUUUGACAUAUAAGGCAUGGAUACCGUUUGACUACUCAUCUCCUGCCAUAUACUUUAUUGUAUAUAUUCACCAAUUAAUAGCCAUGUCAACUUCUGGUAUAGUAAAUGUUGCUUGCGAGAGCUUACUUUGUGGAUUCUUGUUGCACAUCUGUUGCCAGUUUGAAAUUCUGGGGUAUCGAUUGACAAAACUCACGCAUGAUCAAAAUAGUCUGCGCGACUGUGUUUGUCACCACAACCGUAUUUUUGAAUACGUAUAUACAGUGAAUAAUAUGUUUGCGAAAAUAAUCGCUAUUCAGUUUGCUGUGAGCAUGCUGGUAGUGUGUUCAAACUUAUAUCGAAUAGCUAUGGCAACUGACUACAUGAGCUUUAUUCCAUUGAUGAUGUAUACGAGUGCUAUAUUAGUGCAAAUUUUCAUUUUAUGCUGGUUUGGAAACGAAGUCAAGUUAAAAAGCCUUCAAUUAGUCAAUAGCAUUUUUGACAUAGAAUGGCCGGCGCUUAGCAAUAGCAACAAGAGAAAUCUCUUAUUAAUUAUGAAGCGCGCGAUGACACCCGUCGAAUUUACUAGCGCGUACAUAAUUACGAUGAAUCUUGACUCGUUCGUAGCUUUGCUUAAGAUGUCAUAUUCGGUUUUCAAUUUACUACAUCAAACAAAUGAAUAUAGUCCCCAUAAGAUAAUAACAAUUGUGUGUGGUGUACAAAACCGUAGAAUUAGAAAGGUUAAAAUGAGGGUGCUGAAAGUUACACUUCAAGUUUGUACCUUUGCUGGAUGUUGGCAACCGGAUUCAAGGACAUCGUUAUUUAAACAUAUAAUUUAUAAAGCAUAUGCAAUGUUUCUUCUCUCCGCAUUAUACUUAUUUGCGUUUUCUCAAUUUAUGAACCUUAUACUGAACGUUGAAAACUCUGACGAGUUUACAGAUUCGUUAUACAUGAUGUUGACCGUAUUUAUCGCAGGCUGUAAACAAGUUUACAUGUGGAUAAAGCGAAAAAAUUUUAUGAUGAUAAUCAACGUUUUUAAUAAAAAACCUUUUGCAGUAUGUGAAUCACAUGAACUAAUGAUUCAACAGAAAUUUGAGAAAAUGGCACAGAAUAUCACGUUGCGAUAUUUAACUCUCAUUAUGGUGACAGUCACAUCAAUAGUUUUCGUGUCCAUUUUUACGAUAUUUACGAAUAGAGAGUUGACGUACAAGGCAUGGGUACCGUUCAACUAUUCUAUUCCAGUUUUAUACGUUCUUGUCUAUGCUCACCAGUUGAUAGGCAUGGGGACUUCUGGUUUCGUAAACGUCGCUUGCGACAGUGUACUUUGCGGUCUUUUAUUACACAUUUGUUCUCAGCUUGAAAUUUUGGAGUAUCGAUUCACAAAAAUGAUGCAUUGUGAAGAUAUUCUGCGUGAUUGUGUUUGUCAUCACAACUAUAUAUUUGAAUAUGCGCAUACGGUGAAUAAUUUGUUCACAAAAGUAAUUGGUAUGCAAUUCUCCGUAAGCUUGUUGGUGAUAUGUUCGAAUUUAUAUCGAAUAUCGAUGGCACCGGAUUUUGCGACUUUUAUUACAGUAAUGUUGUAUACAGGAUGUAUAUUAGCGCAAAUUUUCAUCUAUUGUUGGUUUGGAAAUGAAGUCAAAAUAAAAAGUCUUCAAUUGAUGAAUAACAUAGAAUGGUCAGCACUUAGUAAUAACAGCAAGAAAGGUCUCUUAAUAAUCAUGAAGCGCUCAAUGAUUCCUAUCGAGUUUACUAGCGCACACCUAAUUACGAUAAAUCUCGAGUCAUUUGUAGCUUUACUUAAGAUGUCAUACUCAGUUUUCAACUUGCUACGUCAAACGCAAGAAUAAUAAUAUGAUUAAAAAACAAAUCACUAUUCAUAUUUAAUUCUUUAUGAAAUGACGUUCAACUCAUUAUUUAAAUAUAAAAUCCAUAUUUCAUUAGUAUCAACUAGAUAAUUUUCACGUAACUUGUACAAUUUUUACUAGAAAUUUUCAUUAACAUUGAUUUUGGCGUUCAAAAAAAAUUGAACAUUUUAAGAAGAGAAGAAUAAAAAUUAUAUGAAUUAAAGCACUGUGUUAGCACUUAAACAAUUUCAUAUUAAUAUUAAAAAUAAAAUUGUUACAAGCA